GCUCUGCUGUGAAGUUGUCAGUGUAGCGGAUCCACUCGAUGAAGUCACACGUCGGUGACUCAGUGUUAUGUUGAAAUCUAUUAGAACUUUGAGCAAUUCGUUGAUACAAGGAAACUCAUCAAGAAUGACCAGCAUCCACAGCGCGUACAAGGAGGAGGUGCACGACGUGCCCAUGGCGGUCAUCACCAGGCCCUUCAUCCCGGAACUAGACGAGAACAAGGUGAAGUCACUGAUGGAAACUAUACAGAAAGAAGAAGAUGCAGGCAACGUACCGCCCAUAGACAUCCUGUGGAUCAAGGGGUCGGAGGGUGGCGACUACUACUACAGCUUCGGCGGCUGCCACCGCUUCGCCGCCUACAAGCGAUUGCAACGACCCACCAUCCCUGCUAAGCUCAUAAGAUCCACUGUUACUGACUUAAGUGCGUAUUUAGGAAGCAGCACCCCUGAUUUGAAGUAAGAAAAGUAAAUUAUUGAUGUGAUAGUUGAAAUAAUUUUAUUUUAUUGUAUUAAAUAUGUACAUUUGUUAUACUUAAGUAUUGUUUAAAAUAAAACCAAUAUUAAUCUCCAA